UAAUGUUUUUGUAUUUAAAUUAUAAUUUUGAACGCAAUUAUAAUAAUAAACUAUAAUAGAUGUUAUCAUAGAUUAUAUUUGAUAUUUUAUUGCAAGCGUUAUAAUCACAAGUAAACCGUUAGUAAACAUUAAGCAACGAUGGCGUCAAUGACAAGCCAACAGCAACCGCCCGCAAUGGCCGGACAACAACAACAGUCAGCCGCAAGCGGCCAAUCAAAUCAGCCACCGGGUGACCAAAAAUCUGAGCCGAUUAUAAGAGUCCGCCAAUUGGUUUGGGCUCUCAAAGAUUCACUUGCGAAUGUCAUGAAAGUGGCCGCUAAUAACAUUCAUCGCAACUCAUUGAUAGACACCGUCGGCAAAACCAAUGAUCAGUCCGAUAAUGUCGUUAGAUUUGACAAAGCAUUAGAAGACUUUUUCUCAAUUUGUAAUCAAAUUGAAUUACAUUUGAAAACAAUCCACGAAGUGGCCAUUCAGGUAAAAGACAGUCACUUAUAUUUACCGUUCAAUAUCAACAAAUUGGAUGUCGACGUAAACACUGCAAUAACACCGGACUCGAUGUCAUACAAUCAAUAUAUAAUGACAAUCAAAAAUCAGGUCAACUUUGCAAAGUCCGUACACGACAUGUUAGUCGAUGGAUCCAAACGUAUUGCACAACCAGAUUUACCGAUUACCGGUAAUCCGAUGAUCAAUCCGGCCACUCCUGCGCCCAAUCAAUAG